AUGUCCUCACAAUACGACGUUCUCAAGGCUAAAUGGAAAAGGCGACAAGAUACAGAUACCCUUGUUUUCGGAACCUCGCGUGACGAUGCUAUCGCGAAAAUUAACCGUUUGGCUCAGGCCAAAGCUGCUGCGCUAAACGGAGCCCUGUUUACGGACGGGGAAUGGAAUAUUACACAAUAUCCCAUGGUUGCGCUUUACCAAAACAACGUGAAUGCCACGCUUACUCCGUCUCAUCCGUACCCUUUCAAUAAGGUCCAACGUCUUAGUACCGUGUCCCCACAAUCGAGAUUUUACGUCGACGGAACUGCGCCGGGUGAUGUUCAACAAGGUCAAGUUGGCGAUUGCUGGUUUCUUGCAGUUCUUGCUGGAGCCGCUGAUGUUCCCGGUCUUGUUCCAUCCGUUGCUGUCUCUAUUAAUGAACAAGCCAAGAUCUAUGGAUUUGUAUUCUACAACGAUGGUUGGGUUGGCACCAUAGUCGAUGAUUACUUGUUUUACUAUGGCUCGUAUUUGACGUUCAGCGCGGCCAAGGCAAAUGAAGGUUGGGUUCCGCUUCUUGAAAAGGCAUUUGCCAAGAUCAACGGUGACUAUGAAAGUAUCGAUGGUUCAUGGGGACAAAGAGCGCUUGUUGGUAUUGGAGGCAUAAACCCCAAGAAUUACGAUCUCCGCCAAGUACAACAAAAUCCCACGUUGAAAGCCGAACUUUGGAAUGCAUUCCUUGCCGCCAAAAAUCCCUCCAAGAAUCUUGAUACUAUAUUUGCCUGCAGUCGCCAGAAACAUCACCCUGCAAACCCAAAUGGUCAUGGUGAAGAUAUAAAGGGCCUGGUCCCGACUCAUAUGUAUACUUUCCGUCGCGCUGUUAAUUUUCAUGGUACUAACUUGAUCGAGCUCCGUAAUCCAUGGGCACAGACUGAAUGGAAUGGCCCGUGGUCAGAUUCUAGCAAUGACUGGGCGCCUUAUAAGUCUGGUACUACGAUACCAGAGUUGAAGUAUUCUCUCGCUGAUGAUGGUUCUUUCUUUAUGAGAUAUGACGACUUUUUGAGCGAAUACGAUGCAGUAGAGACUUGUCAAUAUCCAUUUGCUGUCGCCACAGCCCUCAACCAGCCUGCCAGCAUUUCAACAGAAAGUCUUGUGGAAGCUUGGUGGUAUGGCAACUAUGAUAUUUACUACACCGAUAGAGGAAGCCAAUCAAACGUGUCGAAUGUACAAUUGAACUUUGGGACUGGGAGCCCUGACGGGUCGACUCUUUCGAUCGGCGGCGGUGGAACUGAUGGUAUAGGGCCCUAUUCUAUUAAUAACGGCACCUAUAAUAGGAUAUCAAAAGCUAUUAUCUUUACCAAGCAGUACAACAAUGUCAAUGGCAAUAUGGCCUGGCUCUACCAAGGCACAUUCAAUGGAGACGUGUUCGCUGGAAACUGGGGCACUACAGCCAAUCCAAAUCAGGGUAAUUUCGUGAUUAGACAGAGUGAUCUUCUCGAAAAGCAAUCGAAUGCGGGAAAUUGGCGCGGAUAUUACUUUGGUGCGGACAACAGCAGCGGCCUGAUGCAGAUCUACUUAAAUGCACAGAAAGAUCAAUAUGGCAACGACGUUAUCACUGGCUCUGGUACAGAUGUAGUUGGUCCGUUUACCAUUGAUGGAAAAAUCAAUGCUAACAAUUCGGUCAGCUUCAACAAGAGAUAUUCUACUCACGCGUGGACUUAUACCGGAUUUAAGAAAGCAAACGCGGUAUUUGGAAAUUGGGGCUCUGGAGGGCCCAGCGGUGGUGAUUUUGUGAUUUGGAAAUAUUAG